UUCCAGAAAUGUAUCAGAAUGGCGCAAUACGCAAUUAUAUCGUUAGCUCUGACGGAUUGAAGAACCAUACCUUUGGAGCGAGAAAUCUCUCCGGAAGCGUGCUGGUGCCAUGUGAAGGUCGUCACAAUCUCAGUGUUACAGGUUGUAACCCUGCUGGUUGUUCCCCGCAUUCAUCUAUCAUUGUAAGGGAUAAUGAGGAACUAAACCCUCCAGACAAGUUGAUAGUGGAGCAAGCUGGUGAUGAUAAAAUGAGUUUGACUUGGUUUGGAUCUUCGUUUGCAUCUCAGAGUGUUUCAAAAAUACAUGUUAUUUGGUGCAAAGGGGAGGCUGCUGUUCAAAAAUGCCGGGGUGAAAUAAAUGUACUACCAAAAGACACCAGCCUUACCGGAAAUCACGUGCUGGUUUCCAAAAGAGACAUAAAUGAUUCGUUUGAUGAAAUCAUUUUUGGUGUUGCCCUGUUGAAUGGAGAAAAUUUAAGUAGUGGUAUUCGAUGGCAGGAAACAUGCAGAUACACUAAAGACGCGGAGAUGCCGAAGCCAUCAGAUAUUAGACUACUUCCGCUUCCUCCAGAUGACAGUCUUGCUGUGUCAUGGUCUCGUAUCAAAUGCGAUAGGACAAGCGCAAAAAAUGCUUACGUUAAUUCAUACAGAAUACAGUAUUGUCGGUUGAACAACCAUGAUAAUUGUAAAGGGAACAAAGGUGAGGUCAGUCUAUCUGCCGACGGUAUGUCACAGUAUACAAUCCAAGGUCUUGAGGCUGAAAAGAAAUACGGCAUAUGGGUUGCUGCAGUAUCUUUAAGGAAGGAUAUUUCAUAUAGUGAUAUGAUUAUUGGAAUUCCAAAGAAUAAUGAUUUGACAGUUCGUGAUAUUUCUCUUAUUGCUGCUGGGAGUUGUUUUCUUUUCAUUCUUGCAAUAUUUGGUCUUGUAUGCAUUAUCAGGCAAGUAAUCAGAAAGCUAGGUUUCCAAGAAGAAUUUCCUAUCCAAUCUAUUCAAAUUGAAGAUUGCAAGCAAAUUGUAAGUAACUAG